CACCCGCGAUUCGCGAGCACUGCAAGGCGAAAAGUCAGAGAAAGACGAGCGUUCGCGGCGUUCGCCCAGCCGAAAAACCCCACGCACCCUCCUUGUUCGUUGUUGAUGUUUGAAUAGUUUAUUUUCGUACGCGUGAUUCACCUAUUCAGGAUACAUUUCCACCGUUGUGUGUGCGUAGUGUGCAGAGUGCAGUUUCCGGACCAUCGCAACACGACCGUCGCGCGACGACUGAAAAAAACACGGCCGCAACAAAAGAAACAAUAAUUGGCGAACUGCGGACGGUGGGCGCGCACACGAAGGCUCAUCGAUACACAAACACGCGCGCGCGCCGCCGUGAAAAAGAAAGUGCUGCAAUGAUCUCAUCGAAGCCACCGCGACGAUCGGAAAAUCGCGGCAUGUGAAUUUCGCAUCUGCAUCAUCUGCAUGAUGACAUAAAUGCGUGUAGCGCGAGCGCCGACUUCCUAGCCAUUGUCUGCCAGCUGCAAACAUGAAGAAGCAAUUCCUGCGGGUGAAACAGUUGGCUGAUCAGACCUUUUUACGAGCCGACAAGAGUGAAGGACUUAAUCAAGAUGAGUUGCGCAAAGCAGCCAUUAAAGUUGAUUUCAUCCAGAGGGCGCUUGGGGAGGUGGGGAAAAAGCUGCCUAGUGCGGUUAAUGAACAGGAAAAAAGAAUGAAAAAGUAUGAUGAGUACAAUAUAAAACAAGCAAUCGAUGCUUCAAUGCAAGAAAACGAUGGCAUUAAAGAUGCUCUCUUGUAUCAAGUUCUGCGUGAGUCCUCUCGGCAACUGGAGAGCGUGAGCUUUCCGAUCAAUCAGAUCCUCGAGAAGGAGUUGCCCGCCAUCAGCAAACAGCGCAAGCAGUUGAAAGUACAUAUCUUGGAUAAGGAUUCAGCGACGAGUCGAUAUCAGAGUGCUAAAAAAGUAGGCACGCUCAAGGAGAGCAACCUAAAGGAAGCAGAUGAAGACGAUAUGAAAUUGGAUCAGAGUCGUGAUGUGUUAGCAACUGAGAUGUUUUCACUUCUGCGGAGGGAGAAUGAAAUUUGUACGUUUUUCCUGCAGUUGUUGAAAAUGCAACGAAGUUAUCAUGAAAGUGCCUGUAAGCAGCUUCAGGAGAUUAUUCCUAGGCUUGAACAAACUGUUGGUGAAAAUAAAAUAAAACCAAUUUUUGGUUGCUGCUUAGAAAACCACCUGAAAACCAACAAUAGACGCAUUGCCUUCCCGUUGGAAAUGUGCGCCUUGGCAUUAAUGGAAUUAGGAAUGUCCGAAGAAGGACUUUUCCGAUUGACAGGCAGCGGUUCCCGAGUGAAACGCCUAAAAUAUUCCAUUGAUUCAGGCUGCUUCACCCUUCCGCUAAUACCUGAAUACAAAGAUGUCCAUGUGCUUGCCAGCACACUGAAGAUGUACCUCCGCGAACUGCCCGAACCGCUGCUCACCUACAAACUGUACAACGAGUGGAUUCACUGCGUGGAAUCCCAAAGUGAUGAACACCAUCGCAUUGCUGCCGUUAAGACUGUCCUGGCGCGAAUGCCGCAGUCGAAUCGUGAUAAUCUAGCGUUCUUAAUGCAGUUCUUAUCGAAACUGUCCAAACAACCAGAGAAUCGCAUGACACCGACGAAUAUCGCCAUUGUGAUGGGCCCGAAUUUAUUGUGGUCACAAGAAAAGCAAGAUAUUAAUAUGCAUUUGUGUUCCAUGUUAAAUAUGCUCGUCGAGCUGUUUUUAACACAUUUGGAUGAGUUUUUUCCGGUGGAUAUGAUGAAAUACACCGAGAUUAAAAGCUCGGAUUUGAUUGAUCCGGAUGAUUUCACGCGCCCGGAUGUGAGUUGCCUCCGGCAGAGUACGCUGUUGGAGGGUGACAGCGAAGCAGCUAGUCCAAAACCUUCAAGCAGGAAGAAGACGAGACAUGCGCCAGCGCCACCACCGCCGGCGAGUUUGCGCAAUGAGGUUGACGGUGAGGUUAGGUCAAUGUCGGAGAAUUAUUAUCAUUCGGCAGUAGGCACAGCGUCUUUAAAUCGCCCGCACAAAAUACGCACCGAAACUAGUAAACUCUUGCAGAAGGAGAGUGCGAACGGAAGUAGUGGUAAUUCGCGCCGGUCGAGUUUGGUUCUUGAUCAAGAACAGCAGCCUGUACUAGUCAGUUUAGAUAGGGAUACUAAUCAUGGUAAGGUUGCGCAUGCGCAUGAGGUUGAACAUCAAUCAGAUGUACAAUUGCAUGUAGUUAAACCGGUUGCCGCGCCGCGCACUUUAAUUCAGACCGACGCGAAUCACGAAAAAGAGAAACAAUUGCAGCGGAAUGAUUCCAUGUCGAAAAGUUUAAAUUCGAUUGAUUUAGAUACAGAUAUCAUGCUUAGAAAUAAAUCCACUGAGGAAUUAGAGCCUGGUAGGCGUGCCAAACCCGCGAUACCUACACGCCCCGCCUCUUUACGCGGCCCGCCUUCACGCAACCACGAAUCAGAAGCGUUCAAUAUCAAAGCAUUUAGUUCUGCGCAUAAAUUACCGAAUGUGGUCAAUAUUCAACUACAACAAAAACUCUCUCAGAUGCAUCCUGUAGGACAUGAUAUGCAAAUCGCUGAAAAAGAGAAAUUCUUAGGCGUUAGCAAUCCUAUACCUGCGAAACAACUAGAAAACAAAGGCGAUAUUAAUUCUAAUAGUGUGGCAAGACCCACCCCGCCAUCAAAACCGCCGCUGAUGAAAUCCAAUGAAAAACUGGCGGAGAAUUCAGAGCCCUCGCAGGUUCUAGAGAGGGUCAACGGCAAUCCGAACAAACCUAGUCAUGUGCGCACGCGCUCCGAUGGUAAUAUUGUCGAUGUGCCAACGGCGCACGCACUGCAGACGCCGCCGUCGCCGCGCAACUUGAACAAACCGUCGCAGCCGCCACCUCCGCCGCCUACCGCCCACAAAGCGAAGGCGGAGCUUGAGACGGCUAAUCUUUAAUAUUCGUAUGUAGGAUUUAUUAAUAUAUUAAAUUACCAAAUUGGUGCUUUCGGGGGCAUUCCAGACACGUGUUAUCACAUUAGUAAUAUUAUUCGUUUCUUUGCGCCGGUUUGGAUGUCCUCACGCAAAUCAGUCUUAACUCCACAUACACCACAACACGCAAUUUGCAUUUUUAUAUAAAUGAUAUAUAAUUUAUUUUACGGUAGGUAUUGCGCGUGAUCAGGAAACGAGUUCAAAAUGAAAUUAAAUUGGUACACAAAACUCGCACGCUUUGAAAGAUUGAAUUUGGGAAUGGUUAAAUAACUGCAUUUUUUGGUAACGAGUAUGUGAUGCUAAGAUGUUCUAUUUUAUAAUUGCAGUUAAGAGAAUGUUGUUUGAAAUUUGUAGGAAAACGUUAGGAUGGAAUAUUUUAAGUUGACUGAAUAUAGUUUACGAUGCGUUGCGAAAUUUAGAUGAGAAUUACUAAUUAUCAGAUUAUCUCUAUGACUACAUAUGAAUUUUUUAACACAAUUGUUUGUAAAUAUGUAUAAUGUGUCUCUGUCUCUAUUAGUGGUCUUGUUAUGUUCACGAGGUUUUUUUUUUAUAUAUUUGAUUAUCUCUAUUCUGUAAUUUAAGUAUUUUUUAAAAUUUAGGUAACGUUCUACCAAUUGUUAUAUAGUAAUGUGAGAUUACACAUAUCAUUGCUAUUUACCAUUUCAUUCGGAGUAAUAAUAAAAGAAAUAAUAACUCA